CGCGCGCGUGUCAACUGAGCAAAGCGAAAGCAAGCAGGUGCGCAACUCCCUAUAUAAACCGAGAGACUGAGAUACACUGACAGAAAGAGACCCUGAGAGAGACUCACAGAGAGACACAGAGAGACACUGAGAGAAAGAGACACUGAUAAAAAGAGACAAGGAGAGACACCGACAGAGACCCCCAGAGCUUCUGAACAUUCUCUACCAGCAUUUCUGUUUUUUUCAGCUUUUCACCAUGGGCAACUUUUUCACCUCCAUCUUAUCUCGUCUCAUUGAGAAGAGGCAAGUCAGAAUACUGAUGGUUGGUCUGGAUGCAGCCGGAAAAACUACUGUCCUCUACAAACUCAAACUGGGUGAAGUUGUCACAACGAUUCCAACUCUUGGCUUUAAUGUUGAGACGGUGGACUACAAGAACAUUUCCUUCACCGUGUGGGACGUAGGAGGACAGGACGUCAUCAGACGCCUCUGGAGACACUACUUUCAGAACACCAUGGGCCUCAUCUUUGUGGUGGACAGCAGUGAUCGUGAGCGCAUCCACGAAGCCGCUUUGGAGCUGCAGAACAUGCUUGAGGAAGAUGCUCUGAGGGACGCUGCUGUGUUGAUUCUUGCUAACAAACAGGAUUUGCCCGACGCCAUGCCGGUGCACGAGAUGACCGAGAAACUCAGAAUGCACACACUGAAAGGACGACCGUGGUACGUCCAGUCGACCUGUGCGAUAAACGGAACAGGUUUAUAUGAAGGACUGGAUUGGAUAGCGAAUCAGAUCUCCAAACGAUAAAACUGCAAAGAAAUGACACUAUUUAAAUCCUUAUGUGGAUCUAUGUACUGUGUAUAUUUGAGAGAAUUAUAUAACCUUGAGCACUUUAAGAUUUAAAAUUUUCGUGAAUAUCCAUCACCGUGUAUUUACUUUUUCAGAAUUGCUACUGUAUUGUGUCUUUACAUUGAAAAUACUUGAAUGAAAUGUCAGUCUGUCUAGAAUAUGUAUUUCUAUGAUUG